AUUGUACCCUCCCCUCAGAAACCGGAGACUGCCGUGCUGCUUUCCCUCGUUACUUCUACAACCCUGAGAGCCGGUCAUGUCAGACGUUUGUUUAUGGAGGUUGUCAUGGUAACGAGAACAACUUCCACACCGAGUCCCAGUGUCGAGCAGCGUGCGUGUGUACUCAAGGAUCAGAAAGAAUCCAACGAAGGAACAAGUGCUCAAGACCAUACUUCUACGAUGUCGACAGCGGAGCAUGCAAACGAUUCGGCAAGCAAAGCUGUAACAGAAAUGUCAAUCGUUUCAGAAACGCCCGCCAGUGCAAUUCGGCGUGUGUGACGUCACGCUGCUACCUGCGGCCGGAAGUGGGACAAUGCAGGGCCGCCUUAAUCCGUUUCUACUACAACUUCACAAGCCAGAAGUGCGAGAGCUUUAUCUACGGCGGCUGCAAAGGAAACCGGAAUAACUUCGGCUCACUGCGGCAAUGUGACCAAGCCUGCACCGCGGCCAUUAAGCCAGGUGAGAGCCCAUCUGUUCACGUGGCCAAACAAGACCCAAGCUGCCUCCUGCCCAAAGUGACUGGUCCGUGCCGGGCUUCUUUCCCCAGGUUUUAUUACAGUUCCGUGACCAAAAGAUGCUUGAGGUUCACUUACGGUGGUUGCCGAGGCAACGCCAACAGCUUCCGCACAGAGAUUGAUUGUAGGAGAAAAUGCUUGUCAUGAAAACAUGACGAAGCCAGGCUAGACAGACCCUAUGAAUUAGAUUCUAACAUCAGUUUUUAUAUCUAUCAUUUGUCAAUGGGUCGAGUAUUGUACACUAAUACCUAACACUGGCCUGACUCGCUUAUUAAAUCUUUCUAAAGCA